AUGAUGGAAGAGGAGCUUUAUAAAAGUGUUAUAGUAACUGCCAAAAGUGUUCGAAGUGUCUUAUUAGAGGAAACUUCAAAUGUGGAGGAUUGUCAAAAAAAUUUAAAUGCUUUGGGUCAAAUUGUGUCAGCAUCAAGUCAAUCACAAGAGUAUAGAUCACAAAUUCUAGCUAAUAAUGGCUUGCCAGAUGUAUUAGUAGAAAUCUUAAAUAGGUCAUUUCAAGAUAAUGUACCAACUGAGGAAUUAAAAUUCACAUUGUACAUUAGGCUAAUGAGAGGAAUACUCCUUCUAGCCAGAAACUUAGUUAUCACUAAACAAUUUGUUGAAUUUAGUUCAAUCCUUUCUAGUCUUGAGAAUUUUAAUCAAAAGGUUUCACACAAUAAUGAAUUCUAUCUGAAAACCCUCGUGGUGUAUAUUCAGUUUCUUGCAAAUAUGAGCCAAAUUACACGAGAGCAGAAUAUUGUUGCGGAAAUAGUCGAAACAUUCUUUAAGAAUGAAGAUCUAAUGUCCUUGAUAGCAAAUGACGACCAGAUGAAGAUGCCUUUUGCAGCGUUUCUUAAAAAUAUUUUACUGAAUUCGGAUAAUCUAUAUGAUGUAUUGACUCACGAUGAUACUAUCUUGAGGUAUACUAUAAGUGAAUUAGACAAGGCAGAUAUUCAUAAUGAAGACUUAGAUCAAUAUUCUUCCUUAUUGAUAUUAACAUUUCAAAAUAUAAUAGCCCAUGAAACAUAUAGCAAAUGGUUGAAAAGAAUUGAUUGCGAAAGUGCCGAAUUUUCAAGAAUAAUGAAAUUAAACCAAGUUAUUGUUACAUCAAAAGAAGAUUGGGAUAACUAUCAACUCACAGCGAUGCUAGCAUGGAUUUUUGAUAAUUUUUUGGUGUUCUCUGAGAUUUCCAAAAGUAUCUUGUUAUCGCUGAUUUAUGAUCCACUUGAAUUAAAAAGAGUUCAUCUAAAUUUAAUCAUUUUAUUAGAUUGUCUAUCUGACCUUGGAAAAUUUGAAGCUACUAAACAAUUUUUAGAGCAUUAUAAUGCUAUUGAAGAAUUGAUAUCCUUGUUGAGGGUAGUGCACGAAAGUGUUGAUAGAAAGACAUUAAAGAAUAAAGAGAAAAUAGAGGAAACUGUAGGUAAGAAAGAGUUUCCACAAGUUAAAUCUUUGAUUAUUGAAGUAAUUGCCUUUUUAGUGCAUGGUUCAUUCGAGAUACAAGAAAAAAUGAGAGAGCUACAUGGUUUAGAAUUGGUCUUGUCGAAUUGUAUGAUUGAUGACAAUGAUCCAUUUAUCAAAGAAAGAGCAAUUGUAUGCGUAAAAUUCUUACUAGCAAAUAAUGAGAAAAACCAACAAUUUGUGGCAGAUUUAGAGGCAAAACAAACCGUUGAUGAUGAUGCGCUAAAAGAAGUUGGAUACGAAGUUCAAAUCGAGGACGGAAAUGUUAAGUUAAGAAAAACUGAAAACCAAAAGCUACAAGAAAUAUAA